AGAGCAAAAUCGAAAAGGAAUUGCAUGAAAAUCUAGUGGAAAUCAUUGUAUUUCUGUUUCAAUUGUUGGCCAAAUCGAGCCAGUGUAUAAUGUGAAAACGUGUGAAAGUGCAGGAGAACUCCUGAGGACUAAAGUGGUGAUACAAAAGUUAAACAGUGAUAAAUUUUUAUCAUUGUAUCCAACAAGUCACUGCACACACAGGCGAAAUGCCGCCUGUGCAUAUUUCUAGCGAGGGUGAGCAGGAUAAGCCUGGAUGCCAAAAUAUGGUAUCCAAUCUGCCACUCCUCUUUGCUGGAGGUUAUCCAACGACCUUGGAUAAAAUGACUGAAUGCCAGAUAGAAAAGUUCAUUCCCUUCAUGGUACAGUGUUCCCUGGGAUACAUCCAAUUGCAAACGAAUCGCGGUGAACAUAGAGAACCCGAAUGGUGGCCAGAUGAUGUUCCCUUCGUCAUACCCCUCACGAGGCCUACAGAUUUCAGUGGAGACUGGCGAGCAAAGCUGAGAGAAAUUGUGGUGACGUGCUAUUCGUUCCACAAAAAUGUGUUUCUCUUGCGGUUUUGCAAAGAACUGGCGACUUAUGAACCAGAAUGUCUCCGUUUUAUCAACAACUACAAUUCCACAACCUCACUGUUUGACAGGACAAACAAUAAAUUAUUAGUCACAUUCAGAAAUGAAAACAUGCUUUAUGAUCAGCAACAAAUCUCCAACAAGAAGACUCUUCUACCGCGAAACAACAGUUCCCAAUCUCUCGACAGUUGUCAGCAAAUGGUGGAACCAGCUCUCUUUGAUAUUUAUCUCUGUGAUAACUGUGACGCCGAGUUGUACUCUAUGGAAGCAUACAUGGAGCACGAGAAAAUCUGCCAACCAAAUGAGGACGAAGGUGACGAUGAUGUGAUAUUCUGUGAAUCCGAGGCGGAGGAGCCUGUGGAUGAGAAUCAGCAGCAAAUGUCCGCCUUCCUCCUGUCGCUGGGCUUGCAGAGUGCGGAGAGUGGUGGCGGCCAGUUGCGCGGUGGCUUGUGUCGGGACAUGUCAUCUGCACACUCCAGUCAGGGGUACUUAUCGCCGGACAAGCACAGAAGCAUACAACGACGAACACGUGGGCGACUGGCGUACAAUAAAUGCCAGGCAAUUCCCAUUUCAUCGCCGGCCGGGCAGUUUUUGCUCAACACGACCAAGACUGUCAUGAGUAAGGAGUAUCUGGAGGAGCGACUGGAUCGUCAGGAACGAUUUUGUGGUGCCCAACCGCUAGGCAAUGAGUCAUUCUCGCGUCGACGAUGCAUAGUUGAUAAUCGACGGAGUAUGCAAUUUUCCUUUCCCGUGACAUAUCGCAAAUUGUCUGAUCAUCAGCCAUUGAGAGAGUGGCACAGCUACAAGUUCCCACGACGUCAAUUCUCCUCGAAUCACAGGCGACUGGAGGUGGAGAGGUACAAUGCGGUGAUCCUGAAACAGUGCAAGCCAUGCUUUGUGCAUGUUGAGAAGAUGUCACGGGAGAACAUUGAGGCGUAUCUCCUGAAUGCCAACCUCAAGGUGAUGAACAAGCGACUGAUUAGUCAUCACAAGAGGCGGAGAGGCCAUCCUAAAGUGGUGGAGAUUAUCGAUCUCUGCUCCUCAGAUGAGAGUGAAGAUGACGAUGAGGUGGAGGAGAAGAGACCUGCCAUGGAGGAUGAGGAGGAUGUGAGUAUGAAAGCGGAAUCGGAAGUUGUGACAAAGUCACCGCAGUACGAUGGAAAUUUCAUCUCGAUGCCAAUGCAAUCUGUGGGACUGUCGGAACCGCUGAAGCCAUCGGUUUUUCUGUUCUCCAACAACACCACAACCUCCAUUGAGCAAUUGCACAGCGCUCAAAUCUACAGACUGCCCACGAAGAUACAUCAGAAUCAGGAGAAUAUCAUGUCGCGCAACUUCUGGCACACAUCGUCGAAAGCCUCGUGCCACUUCUCGCCCUAUUCCACGGGCAGGUCGGCGUCGGCCGUGGCGGAUCGCAGGGAGUCCCAGAAGGCUGUGGUGACGGGGAGGAUAAUGCCGCCACUCAUUAGGCUGGCGGCGUCAUCCGGUGCCAAAUCCAUCACGGCCAAUGUGAGCAUUUAGAGAGGAAGAGGAAAAUGCUCAUGCAGCUGGAGCGACUGCAUCUCGCAGGGACGCGUGGCAUUGCCUGGGAAAGAGAAUGGAGUGAGUUGUCUUUGCUCUAUCUCACAGAAGUUUGGUUUUUCCAGAAGCGCGCGCAUCACUAUAUAAAGCAUUGGGCGUUUUCUUUAUAUAUUUAUAAAGCAAAUGCAAGAAUAUCAAUUUUUCAUAAUUAGUUAUUUAUCCUUUUUUAAAUCCCUACUGUACAUAAAUUAUCUCAUAAAACAAUGCAUCUUGUGUUGUUCUAUCGGGAGAUAUAAAUUUAUACGAUUAAUUUGAAAGGAAAAAAAAGUAAAUUCAGUGAGUAUGCCCGCAGAAAAGACAUACUGAUUCAUGUGUAAAUAUUAGCAUUUAGAGAUUUAAAGUAUGGAUUAAUCUAUGGCGCAAUUUCGACCGAUACUCCUUCGUUCAGUGGCGACUUGUCCAAUGUAGAGUGGAGGAAAGAAAUAAAAUUCAUAGAGUUGAACAGAGGAA